AUGUGGUACGGCAGAUCGCAGGAAGGAGUGCCGCAGUUACAGCAGCGACUAGUGUUGGAUGUUGUAUGGGUUGUACCAGGAGAUAUUCGCAAAUAUUAUUUGCAGGAUGAAUUGCGUACUGAUAGAUUAGAAGCUGAAGUUUAUUUAAAGUGGUCAGCAAAUAUUGGUUUCAAAAAUCGAGUAAAAAUUGUGCUUGAAAAUGGAUAUUCAUGUAAUGCACCUGCAUGCUUACUUGUUGCAUUCUCUGAUAUUUUUCGCAAACUUAUUUCAUCACAAGCAACACCGGAAAUACUUUCAUCCGGUAAAGAAAUCACAGUUCAUUUAUAUGGUAUGCCAAAUAUUACGAAUGCCGGUCUCUAUAACGUGGUAGCUUUCAUUCAAAGUGGACAAAUUAAAUUUUUAGAAACUGAAUUGGAGAAUGUUCUAAUAGCAGCUAAUGAUCUUCGAGUAACUUCAUUGGUAUCAUUAAUUUGUGAAGAAAUGACUGCACGCAUAUUAGAAAAUACAUCACCACCAAUUUCAUUACUUUACUCUGCUAUUGCUUGUCUAGCUCCACAAUCACAGUAUCGUAAUAUGGUUGUUGAUGGUGCAGCAAUAAAAUUUCAUGAUAUUCUGGCAAACCCAGAAUUUUUAAAAUUAUCAUUCGAAAUGCUUUAUGCGCUUAUUUCUUCACCAGUAUUACAAGGACCUGAAUGGGUAUCAGAAAUUUAUGAAGCGAUCAUAUUUUGGCUUCAAAAUAAUCCUGAACAUAUUUGUUAUGCGCCAGCUCUUUUGGAUAAUGUUAAUUUCAAGGAAAUUAUUCAUGUGGCUGAUAACCCGUCAAGAAAUAAUGAAGAAAUCAUUGGAUGUACCAGAUUUGGACCAAUUGUGCAACUCUUUUUAAUGGAUGCAAUUUAUGCCAAAUUUGUGGAUCAUUUGACAUCACCACAAAAUCGCAAUCAAUCAUUAUCAUCGUCCAUCUAUACGGUGUCUGGUGCAGAAACUGCAAUUGCACCAGAUCCAUUAAGAGGAACAUUAGGAUUAGCAUCAUCACCUCUUGGAUCAUAUAUCAUUCCACCUUUUGAUUCGGUAUCAUCUGUAACAACCAGAAGUAUUAGUAAUGAAACAUCCGUAUCAGUUGACAAAAAUUGGCGUCCAGCUCAACAGCUUCCAAUAGGAUCUGGUAGUUCUCGUAAUCGAACAGCACGUAAUGAUCCGAUACUCACCUACUCAAAUGUUCCUAUUACUACUUCUGAUGCUGCUGCUAACGAUGAUACUGCUGGUGCUAUCGGUGGUGGUGCGGCUGGAAUUGAUACUACUGAUUGUGGUGUUAUCGAUGGUGAUACUAUUAGAGAUGGUGUCAUUACUGAUAGUACUAUUGGUAAUGGUGCUAUUGAUGGUACUGUUGGCGGUGGUGCUAUUGGUGGUGGUAGUGGUGAACAGGAAAGAUCAGGCGCCGCUAUCACAAGCUUUCCAACACUAGAAUCAGCUGAAAUUCGAACAAGUAGCAGUCAAGAAUCGGCAUCAAAUUUGAAACGACGACCUAAAUUUGAGCAAAUCCCAUUACGAACUGAACCACCAAAAAGUCGCAAAGAAUUACGUAAGGAACGACAGGCACGUGAAAAAACUGACACGAAGUGA